AUGGCGCUGAGCGGAGCCAGCCAGAGCCACGUGCAGCCCGUUUGGGCCGAGAUCCCGUCCCGUUCCGCAGACAUCGGCGCCCAGGCUGUGCCCAGGUAAGCCCGCCCCGUCGGGCAGGGACCCUCUCCCGGUGGCGAGCCCAUGGCCCGGCCCUUCUCCUCUUUACUCUCGUUUCCCGCAAGCUGACCUUCUUCUCCCCCUCCUCCCGUAGAGCCCUCUCCUUCCGCGACCACUUCUCCAGGAUAGUCUGCAUAAUCAACAUGAACUUAUUCGGCCGCGCCCUCGACAACCCGAGCGCCCUGCCCGCCCAGAACCUGCUCGCGGGCCCCGUCAACUCCAGGGUGAGUCUCUCUCCCUCCCCGUCGGGCGGGGGCUCCAGACGUGGGUCCCUCCUUCGCCCCUUCGCGCCGCUCCGUCCUCUCCGUCUAACGCUCCCCGCCUUCGCCUCUCCCACAGCUGCCGAACCAAUACCUCCCGGAGGCAAUGGACGCCAACGUCCGGGCUCCUAGAUAA